GUCCAACAUAUCCGUGCAAGAUGAAGUACUUAACUAAGGGAAAAACAUGGCGGAACAGGAGGAGGGAAGACCGAUGUUUGGAAAUAGGUUUUUGGUUGACAAUUCUAAAGUAUUUGAACAUAAUGCUUGGUAAAUAUAACUUGACUUUUAACAACCUAUUCUCUUUAGCGUUAUUAAAACGACAGUUCUUCACUCCUUCAUAAAUUUCUCAAUAUUUAUAUAGUUGAUAGUUCAUGCAUGCUCAGUGAUUUUUAUCAACGUAAUUAGUUACGUACAAUUAUAGCAUAUACAAUGUAUAGCAUACAAUGUACUAAAUUAGUAAUAAUGUAUUUGCCCAAAUGUAUUACAAUAAACAGAACAUUCGACCUGCAGUGGCUUGAAAUGCUAGCUCGACGCAUGCUCUGCUGACUGUGUCCGAACUACACCGUCAGGUCCAGCGUUGCCAACUGUAAUUUUGUAAAAAUCCCAAGUAAGCUCCCAAAAUAUCCAGAGAUUCCCUAAAAAAUCCCGAUAUUCUCACUUUUUUACAUCAUUAUAAUUUAGGUGGUUUUCGCACCAAUUUCGGGUAGCAUAGCCUCGUACCAGCCUCGUACUCAGGCACUAUGUGUUGUUCGCACGCGUGACCUUUGUGUGGGCCGCAUGGAUUAAUUUUAUCCACGUGUGUCGUCCCGCGUGCGUGUCGCGCGUGCGUGUCGCGCGACGCUAUGGCACAACAAAGCGUCUGGGUACGAGGCUGGCCUCGUACGUCAUGUUGUAAAAAUGAAAUCUUGCAUAAAAUAUGCAGCUCAAAAGAGUUUAAAUACGAGAAGACGAACCCUGGAUUUUUAACAAAAUUGUUUAUUAGUCAAUUUCACCAAAAAAUCAAUUUCUAAACUUCGAACUUCGAACUUCCCUUUCUCAAAAAUAAAAAAAAAAUCCUGAGAUUGACUUUUUAAAAUAAAAAUCCCCCCAAAAUCCCAAUUGCUUCAAAAAAUCCCAAGAUCUUGGGAUAAAAUCCCAGACUGGCAACAAUGGUCAGGUCUGCAUGAUUGAGGACUGGAAAUUAUGAAUUAUAUACUUUUCUGCUCACCCGGUUUGGAAUCAUUCACCUGAAAAUAUUUCAUCCUAUGUAUUCCUUAGCCUCCUCCGCAGGCAACUCUUGUUUCCCACUCCUAAAUGUCCCUCGGGAGAAAGGAGGGACUGCCGACAGCACAUCAAGAAACAAAAUAUGUGUUGCCCACACAAUGCAAAAUUCCCAUUGGUUGAAAUCAAUGUGCCUGUCAAUCAAAUCUGAUAUGUAGUAAUUAUAUGCUAUAAAUCAUUUCCAGAUUGAAUGUUGAUUUUAUCAAUAAACAUGACAGGCUUAGCCUCCUCCGCAGGCAUCUCACCCGACGAAUCGGGUGGUGGGAAAAAGUAGAACCCAUAGAGAGGCCUGCGGAGGAGGCUAUGACAGGCUUAGAUUAACGGUUACUAUUGGAUAGAUUUAAUUGGAUAUAAGUAAUGUUUAUAUGCAAAGGCGGAGCCAACUUGUGAAGAACGAAAAGUGGGCAUAUUUUGUUUCUUGAUUUGUUGUAGGCAGUCCCUCCUUACCCCUCGCAUGCCUGGGAAGCUAAACAUAUAUAUAUAUAUAUAUAUAUAUAUAUAUAUAUAUAUAUAUAUAUAUAUAUAUAUAUAUAUAUAUAUAUAUAUAUAUAUAUAUAUAUAUAUGUAUAUAAUAUAUAUAUAUAUAGAGAGAGAGAGAGGGUUCAUUGCACUGAUUCGGCCCUGCUUACUGUAUUAUACUAGUGUAGCAUAUAACUGCAUUCCCUCAGCAGUGUGUCAGAAAACAAAGUGUAUAUGUGAUAGCCUGACAUUGUAUAGACUACUAUUACUAUAUUAUACCUCAUAUAAACUAUUUACCAAAAAUCUCAAUAUUCACCCAAUCAUAUACUUUCUACUAACAUCAAGUGCUCCAUGAAUUAUAUAUACAUAACAGACUCAUGAAUCUGAAAUCAUAUACAUGCAUGAAUCUGUACUAAAUUAUCCUUUUGCCUUUUUCAGCAAAUGAAUAUAUUAAUAAAAUUAAGAGUCUGAGCAUUUUAUAUGUGAAUUUUCGCGAGCUCUAUAAUUGAUGAUCGAGCUAUUGCUCCUAGGGCAAACACUGUGCAAAAAAUGUUUAAAAAAUGUAUGGUUUGACAAAAAACCCACACACUGAUAAGAAUUAAUGUUGGUUAAACAUUCAACAUGAUAUGAAUGUAUACGAAGAUUUUUGGAAGAAAGAGGUUGUCUUCGUGGUCAGAGUGCCAAAAUUGAGUUGAUGAGGUUAUAUGGGGAUUAAACACUACACAACUUUUGCCUAAAACUGUCGCAUGCAACAUGCAUACCACUUGAGUUGUACUGUUAAAUCAAGCACACAACACACCCACGUUGUCAAGGUGAAUUGUGUGCUUGAUUUACACAGUACAAGUCAAGUUGUGAGUAGGUUGCGAUAGUUUUAGGCAAAAGUUGUGCAGUGUAAAUCAGUGUCUUAGUUUAUGUGCACCUUCUCUCUCAUAAGUGCAUCCCCAAUUUGAUUUGUCUAGGAUGGUAUAUUCUUAGAAUAUUUAUUAUUCUAAUUGCUUUAACAUUGAAUAUUUUGUAUUCUGCAACAGGGAUAAUGUUGAGUGGGAUAAAGAACAAGAAGAAACAGCAAUAAAAGUUGUUCAAGAAAACACAUCCAUUAAGCUUCCUACAGACAUGCAGGGUAUUCAUAGAUAACGCUUGUUAAAUUUAAUCAGGGUUUGAGAGUAGAAUUUUUUAAUGGUAUAUAUCCAGAUUUAAACAAAACUUAAAACCUGGUAUCUAAAUUGUCAAAAUAAGUGAACAUGCUUCAGUAUUUUAUAUUAUUUGCCAUGAACUCAGAACCUAUUGCAUCAUUUUGCAUGUUGUAAUAUGCCCAUCAUUGUUACAAUGUCAGAACAAUCAACUAUAUUCUUACCUAAGUGACGAAACAUAGGCGUACGAGAGGGGGGGACUAGCCAUAGCAACAGGGCACGCUAUUCAAAUUUUUAAUGAUUUGCAUUAUUCAAACGGUUAUCUGAUAUUUUUCUACAAAGCCCUUUACGGUAUAACCGACCUUGAUGUCCACAACUACAGGGUGCGAUAAUUCAAAAUUUUUAGUCGUACCCAGGGUGCGAUAAUUCAAUAUUUUUAGCCGUACCUGACUGGUACUCCAACAAUUUUUGCCGAGUACUUGAGAUGUACGAACUUAAAAGUCAAGGUGUACCUAAGGCUACUUCCGAGUCUUGCGUUUUACACAUACGUAUAUAAUGCACGGUCUUUGGCGGAAGAAAUUAAACCUUUCUGAAUUUUAUAUAUUUAAUAAACACUUAUAACAAAGUUAACAACCUUGUUUGAUCCCAAAAUAUGUCGGAUGUGUGGAAUUUACAUUGUACAGCUAAAGUUAUUGACGGUUUUGAAUACCUUGGAAGGUUUGCUAGUUAUUGCUAGAAGGAAAAUGUAAGUACGCGAAUAGCAAAUUCUCGUGUACCUACGUGGUACUCGGCUAAAAACAAAGAAGUUCCAGACCGUAAUUUUGGCGUACCUCUGGUACGUUGGUACGCGAAUUAUCGCACCCUGCCGUACCUGACUGGUACUCCAAUGAUUAUUGCCACGUACUUGAACUUGUACAAACUUAAGACUCAUGGCGUACUUAAUAGUCUUUAGAAUGAAGUACAUAGUGUACAGGUUUCUGAAAGGUAUUCAUUCAGUAACUUGAAACUAGUAGUUAGAUACACAAACACUACUAUCGACUCUAACAUUCCUUAGGCCUAUCUCAUCAUAUCAGUCCAAUUAUGUUUAAUGGCAAGUCAUGCUAGACUUGCACAUAUUCCAACUAAAUUAUGGUUUUGACUUGGGCUUGGAAAAGUCAAAUGGUACAAGCAAUGAAGUGAAGUGAAGUACGCAGAUAGCAAGAGUUCCGCGUACCUACGUGGUACUUGACUGAAAAGACAGAAGACCAGAGCGUAAUAUUGGCGUACCUCCGGUACGUAAGUACGCGAAUUAUUGCUCCCUGCAACUAUGUUUCUUUUGUUCCCCACAACCGAACUCGUCACAGCAACAAUCCAAACCUUAUACUCAAGACUCCUUGCUGCAAUACAUCCACCUACCAGGCAUCAUAUACUAAUGGACUAUACAUAUAGAAAAUUAUUAUUUCUGUCCUUAGAAAAGUAUAAUUGUGAAGCCGAUCAGUUUUGGAAUUCUUUUUACAUGCAACAUAAUAAUAGGUUUGUAGAAAAAUACUUAAUACUUUGACCAAUUUCCCCCCCCCCCUCAGUGGGUCUCAUAAACUUGCAUUUACAGUAUGGACUGUAGUUGGUCUGAACACUUUGAUUCGUGUGCGCCACACAUUUGACUAGAACUGCAUGAACGGGUUAACAAGGAUGAUAAAAUAAUUUCUGUAUCCCUUAGGUUUUUCAAAGACAGGCAUUGGUUGUUUACAGAAUUCCCUGAGCUCGCAGAUACAAGUACAACCAGCCAUGAUGAAAACAGUCAUGAAAGUAAUGAAGAUAAAGAAAAUAAAGUUCUUCAUUGUGGUGCUGAUGCUGAAAAUGUGGAAUAUCCUGGUUGGAAGGCUAAGAAAAGGAUUUUAGAGGUGUGUUAAUGUUUCUUAUUGUGUUUCCCAUAUAUGUUGUAAAGAAUUAUAAUGAUUUCCACUUUAUCAAAUCAUGAUAUUUGAGAAAUGUGUAGUUAAUUUAAUAACAUAUUAACCAACUUGGAAAUAUUGGUCAUUAACAAUGAAGAACAGACUUGAAAGUUGCAAAUCGCAGCAUGUAAACGUACAGUAGUUUUUCGUUGUACAUUCACAACAUUGAGAAUGUUGAACAUUUUUCCGUAUAGAAAAUGGUGGAUGUUUUUUUAAAUCCAUAUCAAUGUUGACUGUUGUUUAUAAUUUGUUCGCAGUUGGAGCGAAAUCGCGCAAAAUUGCGUACUUUAGCGAAAUACUUCAAGCAAAUGGACCAUUUGCAUUAUAGACUAAAUUUUGAUCUAGACAAUCACAGCUUGAAAACAGCUUGAAAGAGCAUCACAAAAUUAGUAAUAUUGAAUAUUAUCACAGCUUGAAAGAGCAUCACAAAAUUAGUAAUAUUCCAAAGUUUCGUUGCGAAAUGUUGUAAAAUGCGGAUAAUAUAGCCAUGCGAAGUUUGCCGUUUUUCAGUCAUUUUGUAUUACUACGCACGGGAAAUUGACAGCCCAAUCGGGUGUUGGGGCAUCAAUUUCCCGUUUGUAAUACAAAAUGACUGAAAAUUACAAAUUUCGCAAGGCUAUAUUAUCCGCAUUUUACAACAUUUCGCAACGAAACUUUGGAAUAUUACUAAUUUUGUGAUGCUCUUUCAAGCUGUGAUGAAAUUUUUAUCUAGAUCAAAAUUUAGUCUAUAAUGCAAAUGGUCCAUUACAGCGGACUUAUAUCGGUAUAACUCGAAAUGAUUGCUACUGUAGCUUAAACUCUAAAAUGAAUAAAGUCACAAUAAUAUAAUAUUGUUUUUUGUUUAGGUAGGAUGUGGUGUUGGAAACACAGUUUUUCCCAUUCUUGAAAUUAACAAGUAAGUAUAAUUGAAUUUAGUCUGAUGGAACCGCUGCAUGCAGUGUCUGCGUGCAGUAUUAUACCACAACGGUAAAGUGAAGACUAUACAUCUCAGAGUCUGUACUAACGUUCAAAAAUUGUCCAAAAAAAUGUCCGAGCAAAAUGAAAUUGAUCGUAAACUUUCAAAUUUGGGCGGACAUGAUUUUUAAUUUUCGUUCUUUCUUAACUACAUUCUUUUUUAACCUACACUGUAUUAGUUUCAGUUAAAACAAUUGUUAUUUUUCUGGACAAAAUGUCAGAUCAAUUUAGCAUUCAGUCGGGCGAACUUGUACUUUGGUCGGAUAAUAUAGACUGGUUCAGAUUUGACUUCCACUACCGCUGCUAUACUACCUCUCACUCUCUUAGUACUACGCAUUUGAUUGGUUAACCGGAUAUAUCAACGCAUAUAGUAGUUGGUAUUGGUCGCAAUUAAUGGUAGCUGAAGUCAAAUCUGAAUCUCUAUAAUGUCGGACGUCCAACUGUUAUUUCAGGCUCUAAUAUCUAUCGUGAUUUAUUAAAUAAUAAUUAUAUUUUUGUUUCACUCGUUCUAGUGAUCCUGAACUAUUUGUGUACUGCUGUGACUUUUCUAGUGUGGCAAUUGAUUUGGUCAAGGUAUAGUGUUAUAUCUAAAUGACUAAAAAGUGUUACCGUGACUCCAGCUAUUUGAACUAUGAGCAUAGUAUUACGUAAAAUGUAACUCGUUUGAUAGACUAUAAUUUGUAGAUUGUGCUGGGUGAGACCAGUGACCCCGAUAUUUCAAGGGGAAAUCUUGCUCCGUUUAGCAUAGAACAUGGUAUAGUAUUCUAGCAAAUAGUAAGAAUUUCCUGUAAAAAUUGACCAAUAUUGUUGUUCUAUGACUAUGACUCGUUGUUCUCAACGAUCAGUUUUGGUGUGGUAUUUUAUUGCCCAUAUAUAUCAUAGCAUGUUCUUUUUAGAUUUUAACUAUAUAUUACGUAUUAAUCAAUGUUAGUAUGGCUAUGGGCCUACCACAAACCUUAACAGGCUUUUAUUUAAGACAAGUGGGGAUUACGAGGGAUAGAACUACCUGAAAAAUACAAGCAAAACGAAGGCACUUCGUCGGGAAGUUAAUAACGGGGUUCGGGAAAAUUACAUGAGCUUUUAGAUUUAGUCAAAACAAAGUGUGAACAAAAAAUGCAAAUCACAGAACAUAUUAAUACAACUAUAUGGAAAACUACAACAAACAGAAAUAAUAUAGGCUAUUAAAGAAGUAUGGAAUAUGGUGAGAAUUUAAAGUACUGUCAAUGUCUGCUUUCGACAGGCAAUGACAGAUAUACUGUAGCUAAACAUACUGUUGUGAAAAUGUUCUUUAAUGCCACUAGGGUGGACAGUGCCGACUAUGGAAAUGAGAGGCAUUUCAUGUCUUUUGCGGCUAUCAUUGCUGCUAUAAAUGGGACAGAGGGCUCGAACCUUUAUAUCUGAAACAAUGUGAUUGCCACUAUUAAAAUCUAUGGCAACAUGCUGGUUAGCAUCAUUGGGUGGGGGUGCGCGUGAAUGGGGCCUUGCAUGGGACUUACAUGAUGCUGAAAUGGUGGUAGCGGAAUCUAUAAACACACAUGUUUUACAUUGGGGUACCCAACAAGUAAACGUGCCAUUCUCUGAGGACGAAUCCUGUGGUAGGGAGCUAUGAACUAGGGUUUUACAAUCAACCAAAUUAGACUAGUUGUUUGAUACUUUAAGAAGUUUUCUUUUAUCCUGUUUUUAAAGAUUGUGGUCCAUUCCAAAUCGACUUUUUUAUUAGAAAAAGUAUGCUUCAUAGUUAUAAUCUGUUCGUGUAGUAUUUGAUCUUGCAGACCCAAAUUUUCGUAAAGGUUUAUGCAAGUUGAAAACAGUGUAUUACUGAGUGUUUCUUGAAACUAACAGUCAAUUUUCAUCAUGGUAUAUAAUUUCAUGGUAUAUAUAUAUUAUCUUUUAGGAUCAUGAAGAAUAUGAAAAUGGUCGAUGUCAUGGUUUUGUUUGUGAUAUCACUCAAGGCAACAAUUUUCCUUUUCCAUCUGAAAGUUUAGACAUAAUCCUUUUGAUAUUUGUACUUUCAGCUAUUCAUCCUGACAAGUAAGUACUGUAGGAUACAGAAACAUUAAAUGCUGAAAUAUAAAAUUAAAAUUUGUAUAAUACACGAGUAAUUUGUUCUAAAAUUAUAUAUUCGUCGUGCGUACAGUAUAGCAAAUCUUCUUGCGAAAACUAUGAUAACCCCUUAACCCUUGUAGGUAAACCGAGGAGACAUCAAAUAUUUAGGGCGGCCCAUUGCAGGAAGGCCAUGGCUCAACAGUGUAUUACGUUAAUAACAACAAUAACUCUAACAGUACCAGUCGCCGCCGCAGCAGCAGCAGCCGCAGGAUCAGCAGAAACAGCAGCAGAAACAGCAGAAACAGCAGCAGCAGCAGGAUCAGCAGCAACAUAAACAGCAGCAGCACCAUCAACAGUAGCAUAUUUAAGCAGCAACACAAAGCAACAACAACAGCAGCAGCAACAACAGGAACAGCAACAGCAACAACAACAGUAGCAACAACAACAGUAGCAACAACAACAACAACAACAGCAGCAACAACAAUAGCAGCACAAAACAGCCGCAGCACCACCGCCACCACCAGGACCGCCACCAGCAGCAACAGCAGUAGCAACAACAACAGCAGCAGCACGAAGCAGCAGCAACCGCACAAAGCAGCAGCACCAGGAACAGCAUAAAGCAGCAAGCACCACCAUCACGACCAGCAACUCGAAGCAACAUCACCACCAGCACCACGUGAGCGGAGAGAUGGAUGGAUGGAUGCAGCAAUCUCUGUAAUUGUUGCCACUGUGGCCAGGGACUGGUUGUUAAAUUGUAUAAAAAAGUGAUUAAAUUUAACUAUGAUUAAGUACAUUUAGUUAACCAAUCAGAAUUUCUGAAAGUAGAGUUAAUCACUAUUUAAUAAAAAAAGUGAUUAAAAGCAUUAUACAACCAGUCCCAGGUGUUACUAUAGAGCCAACUUGUAACCUUAUAUUUAUUAACUGUUGUUCUACAGGUUUCAAGAAACGAUUCAAAGACUAAUCAAGGUAUAUUAAGCAAGCUCGCCAAGAGGGGGGGGGGGAGGUAGGGGGGAUUUCCCCCGUGUCCCCAGCUCAAAAGGUGCCCCAAAAGCGACGAAGGCCCGAAUUUCUUGAUACAGGACUUCCAAACCGAGAAUAUAAAUCCUAGCUGCGUCAGUAUAUGAUAAAGCGUAAUAUAUUGUAAACGCCGCUUCUCUUGUUUUGCAGUUAUGACGUCAUAGAGUCCCCUGGAAUAGGUUUGGCCCUGGGCCCGCGUAACCUCUUGGCGACCCUGAUAUGAAGUAAUGUAAUUUUUUGUUAUUAUUUAUUAUUUAUUAGUUAAAGAUAAUGAUAUAGUUUUGUAUUUCAGCAUUUAAAACCUGGUGGCAGGAUUCUUUUCCGAGAUUACGGCCGUUAUGACAUGGCUCAACUACGUUUUAAGAAAGGUACGCGUGAGUCCACGCUAGCAUAGCUAUAUAUAAUGUUUGUCAUAAAACAAAGCCCUUUUGUAAGUUAAUACCGGAGUUUUUUUUCUGUGUUGGUGUUUGUACUCAGGUGAAUAUGAUAUUUGUGAUGUUACUCUGAGUGUAUAUCCACACCGGGCGAGCUUGAAAAGUAUGCCCGGCCACGGUGGGAUAUUAAUAUUAAUACCUGAGUGUUUAUAUUUCUACUAAAAAAUCCGCUUAUCUAAAUUGAAAACUUGUCAGCCACCAUACAGUAUCUCAUUUCACUUUACUCUUUUAUUUAUUAGGGAAAUGUUUGGCAGAUAAUUUCUAUGUUCGUGGAGAUGGCACCAGAUGUUAUUUCUUUACUCAAGGUGAGAGUUUUUCCAGUUAAUUCAUGCAGAUUAAUUUUAAUUGCACAAACAAUAAAUAAAAUACGUCGAAGUUGUUUUAAUCUUUGGUUAGAGCUCGACAACUUGACUCUGUAGUUCAGUUGGCUAGAGCUCGACAAUUGGACUCUGUAGCUCAGUUGGCUAGAGCUCGACAACUUGACUCUGUAGCUCAGUUGGUUAGAGCUCGACAACUGGACUCUGUAGCUCAGUUGGUUAGAGCUCGACAACUGGACUCUGUAGCUCAGUUGGUUAGAGCUCCACAACUGUCCUCAGUAGCUCAGUUGGUUAGAGCUCGACAACUGUCCUUUGUAGCUCAGGUGGUUAGAGCUUGACAACUGGACUCUGUAGCUCAGUUGGUUAGAGCUCGACAACUGGACUCUGUAGCUCAGUUGGUUAGAGCUCGACAACUGGCCUCUGUAGCUCAGUUGGUUAGAGCUCGACAACUGGCCUCUGUAGCUCAGUUGGUUAGAGCUCGACAACUGGACUCUGUAGCUCAGUUGGUUAGAGCUCGACAACUGGACUCGGUAGCUCGGUUGGUUAGAGCUCGACAACUGGACUCUGUAGCUCAGUUGGUUAGAGCUCGACAACUGGACUCUGUAGCUCAGUUGGUUAGAGCUCGACAACUGGACUCGGUAGCUCGGUUGGUUAGAGCUCGACAACUGGACUCUGUAGCUCAGUUGGUUAGAGCUCGACAACUGGACUCUGUAGCUCAGUUGGUUAGAGCUCGACAACUGGACUCUGUAGCUCAGUUGGCUAGAGCUCGACAACUUGACUCUGUAGUUCAGUUGGCUAGAGCGCUUCACCGGAAUCGCACGGUCCCAGAGCCUAUAGUUGCAUUUUUCGCAGCUGCUUCUGGUUAGGUCUAAAAAUCAUGUAUAAUCUUGCGCUCGAAAUAUCUACAAAACCCUUCAAGUGUUUUGUUCAACGUUGUUAUCUGAGAGGUCGUGGCGAAACCACAUCUACUCCCUGGCAUGCAGCCAAAGCCAUUGUUUUCUGAGAUCUUAAUAGAUGUUGUAUUUUUAGAGGAAAUAAGGAAGCUGUUUACUCAAGACGGUUUAGUGGAGGAACAAAAUUAUGUCGACAGACGUUUGCAAGUAAAUCGAGGACGACAACUGAAAAUGUAUCGAAUAUGGAUACAAGGAAAAUAUAGAAAACCUGAACAAGUGAGAAACUCUGCGAAUGUCGAUACUUGAUAGCAGUGUCUUUUUACUUAAAUGAACUUGAUAAUCUGUAAGAUCAUUGCAAGGAUGGGUAUAGAUGACAGAACAUAGAUGUGUCAUUUUACCUUGUUCACUGCAACAAGUCUUAUCUUCAGACAUCAACAGCAUAUACUACACGCAUAGCCUUUGCGUUUUUGGUUAUUUGAUGGUUAUUUUAAUUUAUUUUAAAGUUUUCCAAAUCUUCGUUUUCACGAUUUCCUGGUGUCUCAUAUGAAUUUCUCGGAAAUAGUGUAACGGCCUCAGUAGUCAGUAGAUCAUUUUUGGCUGAGAAAUUUGGAACCGAUCUGUCGGCCAUGAGGCCGUGAAAAAUAUCCUUGAAUACUGAGUCUAGCAUACUUUCUAUCCUAAUUGGAGUAAAUGCUUUUACUCGUCCUUAUAAAUCCGCCACUUUGUCAAAAUUAGUGACAAAAUAUAUAUUUAAAAAGCUAAGUUGUAACAAUCUUAGAUAACAUAUUUAUCAGUACAAAUACAUUUAUAAGUACAUUCAAAUAACCAAUUUUAACUCGUUUUAUUCCCUCCAUCAGUUGUAGAACGAUAUUCUUGCAAUGCAACUGGUUCUUCCUCACGCUCUGAUGUUUCCUCAGGAUAGUAAGGCAUAAAUGGUAGAAAUUUUGAGAUUUUCCAGCUGUUGCCAAUUCCAAAGGGUAAAUCAUAAACUUUAAGAUCUCUCAUCGCAGUACCAUCCUUCUCUUUCGGCUUGAUUCCUUGCCAUUGGAUCAAUCCGCGUUCUUCUGGGGUUCCAGGAACAAGGUUAUCCAAUAUUACGCUUAAUAUCCCGCCAACAGCCAUGCUGGUUUUCAAGAGAACUGUGAGAAUCUGAUCAAUUUCAACGACACCU